UGAUCUGUGACUCUGUGCUGGUAAAACAAAUAAAAUUUCUUGAGCAAAUACAGCUCCAAAAUGUGCUUUUGCAAAGUGGAGCUGACACAGGCUUUUGUAAUACUCCCUCGAUUCUCACUGUGUAUUUAGGGGGGUUGUGAGGGCUGUAAAUCACCCCUGAGGCCUCUUUGCAGAGAUGUACAGGGGGCUGAGAUUGGGAACCUGCAGGGUAGGGCUGGGGGUCUCCUCCAAGUGUGAUCACUGUGACCACAUCCCUUCUCACAGUGCAGUUUCUUCAUUUAAAGAUCCUGAUCCUUCACGUGGCUCUGGAGGUGGCACUUGGUGCUCUGGGCUGGGGACAAGGUGGGCAUUGAGCACAGCUUGGACUCGAUGGGCUGGGAGGGCUUUUCAAACCUCAGUGAUCCUGGGGUAUUACAGCAGGGGAGAUACAGCCCUAUCACACAGAAAAUCCACCCCUGCUGCUGCCAUCGGGCUGUCCAUGGUUUGGGGUCUGUGUUUGAAAGGCUCCUCUCUGUCCAUGGUUUGGGGUCUGUGUUUGAAAGGCUCCUCUCUGUCCAUGGUUUGGGGUCUGUGUUUGAAAGGCUCCUCUCUGUCCAUGGUUUGGGGUCUGUGUUUGAAAGGCUCCUCUCUGUCCAUGGUUUGGGGUCUGUGUUUGAAAGGCUCCUCUCUGUCCAUGGUUUGGGAGGCUGCAGGAGCUCACCCAGCAAAGAGACGCUCCCUGUCUGGGUCUGUGGUGAAUGGAAACACCUUUGGGAGUCCCAGCAUGGAGCAGGAGAUAAAACACAAACUCCUCCCUGGUAUCUUCUGUCAGCAUCUGUGUUGGUUUUAGAUAUGUCUGCAGCUUCAGGGACAUGGUGUGAGGUGAGACAGUUGGAUUAGCUGGGUGGAAUUACUUUCUAGUUGGUUCUAGAAGUCUCUGAAGAAGCCAUUCUAAAUAUUAAGUCCUGUAGCUGGUUCUACUUUUGUGGGCUCAGGCUGUCCUAAGGCAGUAGGCACCACACAAAGUCACUUUUCUCUCCCAUAUUUUUUUUGGGAAACUCACACUGCAGAGAUGGGAGCAGUGAGUGUUUUAAUUAGGAAAUAUUUCUGUACCAAUGGGGCUGUCCAGCCCCAGCACAGCUCCCCAGGGAAGUGCUGGAAUCCCCAUCCCUGGAGGGAUUUAAAAGACUUGUAAAUGUGGCACUCGGGGACAUGGGUUAGUGGAGGCCUUGGUGGCAUCCUUAGCACUGCCAGUUCCAGAAGCAAUUUAUUAAUUGGUACAAUUAAUUCAGGACAGUUGGACAAUUAAUUGGGCAAUUAAUUCAGCAGAGAGCAUUCCAUGGACAGCAGCCUGGCUGAUGUUUGCACUGCACGGAGCAGACGUGAGCAGCACAUCAAAUCCGUGCUGUCACUGGCACUCUGGGACUGCAGAGCCUGGCAGUGACACUCCUCAGGGUUCUCUUGCUGGGUCUCACCCCACACCAGUGAGUUUCUGGCUGAAAUGGCCUCUCUGUACUGCUGGGACCAGGUAUUGGGGCUUAAGGAGUUUUCUGGAGAAUUCUGGAUGUUUUCUGAAGGUGGGAGAGCUGUGUGAGUGCUGGCAGUCACGCUCAAGUUUCAUUAGGGUUUGUCUCAUCGAGACUUUGCUCUUUCCCAGUCAGGCAAUAUGUUAAAUUAUUGGUAUAAUUACCCUGUUUUACUGUCUGUGGGCAGCUUGGACUAGAGUACGAGUUCCAGCAGAAGUGUCCCACCUACCUGUCACUGUGCCCAUUACUAUGUUUUCCAUUUGUGUCCAUUAUUUUGAUCAGGUGCACUUUCCUUGUAAAACCGGCUUUUCAAAACUAUGAAGUGCUUUUUUUUUUUUUUUCAGCAUGCCAUUGGCUGUAAAAAAGCCACUUCUUAGGUAACAAACCUUUACAGUAUUUGGCAGGAGAAAUCACUGCUUUUAAAAAAACAAAACAAAAAACAACCCACAAGAGAUGUAGACUGAGCUGUGCUUUGCUGGAAAUGCCCCACUUGCAGUUAAUUUUCAGCAGCUGAUCUGGAGUGGCUGUGGCACGACAAUAAACCCUCUGUCUGGCUUUGCAAGGUGGAACAGGCUGCAGGCAGAGAUUUUUCUCAAGGAAACAUCCCAGAAAGGCAGUGCUGCUGCAUUCCUGUCCACUUCCCAGCACUGCCAGCAGCAGUGAGUCCCGGUGGCGGCAGCAAUGACAGAGGCCAACAAUAUCCAUGCAGUGACAGAAGGGCCAGAAGGAGAUGAUGCCAAGUGCAGUUUCCAUCACAGAAUGUUCCUGGAACCCCAAGAGAAGAAGAGGAGCAUGAAGGCUCUUCUGGUUAAAAAAGCCAAGAAAACUUGCAGCUGCACCCCAGCCAAAAUUAAAGAUUGUGUUUUGGGGUUUUUCCCCAUCUUACAGUGGCUUCCUAAAUACAAAAUCAGGGAGUAUCUCCUGGGGGAUAUCAUGUCUGGUGUGAUCGUGGGGGUCCUGCUGGUCCCACAGUCCAUUGCCUACUCUCUCUUGGCUGGCCUGGAGCCCAUUUAUGGCCUUUACACCUCCUUUUUCUCCUGCAUCAUUUACUGCAUCUUUGGCACCUCCCGCCACAUCUCCGUGAGCAUCUUCGGGGUGGUUUGCCUGAUGGUGGGACAGGUGGUGGAUCGGGAAGUAGAGAGAGCUGGCUACAAGCUGGAGCCAGCUGUGCUCAGUGCCCUGCCAGGCCCAGGAGGGCACGGGAUGGGCACCGGGAUCGGGAACGGCACCGGGAACGGGACAGCACCGGAGCCGCUCUGUGACAAAAGCUGCUAUGCCAUGGCCGUGGCUGCCACCCUGACCUUCAUCUCUGGAGUUUACCAGGUGGCCAUGGGUUUCUUCCAAGUGGGUUUUGUCUCCGUGUACCUCUCGGACUCGCUGCUGAGUGGAUUUGUCACAGGGGCCUCCAUCACUGUCCUGACCUCACAAGUCAAGUACCUGCUGGGCCUGGACAUUCCUCGGAGCGGGGGCGUCGGCUCCCUCAUCACCACCUGGAUCAACAUCUUCAGAAACAUCCACAGGACCAACGUCUGUGACCUCAUCACCAGCUUCUUGUGCUUCCUGGUGCUCAUCCCAGCCAAAGAGCUUAACGAGCGCUUCAAGUCCAAGCUCAAGGCUCCGAUUCCGGUGGAACUCUUUGUGGUUGUGGCGGCCACUCUGGCAUCUCACUUUGGGAAGCUGAAAGAGACUUAUGGCUCCAGCAUUUCCGGGCACAUCCCCACGGGGUUUCUGCCGCCGCGCCCUCCAGACUGGAGCCUGCUGCCCAGCGUGGCGUUGGACGCCAUCCCCGUCGCCAUCAUUGGCUUUGCCAUCACCGUGUCCCUCUCGGAGAUGUUUGCCAAGAAGCACGGAUACUCGGUGAGGGCCAACCAGGAGAUGUACGCCAUUGGCUUCUGCAACAUCAUUCCCUCCUUCUUCCACUGCUUCACAACCAGCGCGGCUCUCGCCAAGACCCUGGUCAAGGAGUCCACGGGCUGUAGGACCCAAGUGUCCGGCAUGGUGACCAGUUUGGUGAUCCUCCUGGUCCUCCUCGUGAUCGCACCUUUGUUUUACUCCCUGCAGAAAUGCGUCCUCGCCGUCAUAACCAUCGUCAACCUCCGCGGAGCCCUGCGCAAGUUCAGGGACCUGCCCAAGAUGUGGCACCUGAGCAGGGUGGACACGGUGAUCUGGGGGGUCACCAUGGCAGCCACGGCGCUCAUCAGCACCGAGAUCGGGCUCCUGGUGGGGGUUUGCUUCUCCAUGCUCUGCGUGAUCUUCCGGACCCAGCGGCCAGAGGCGCCGCUGCUGGGCUGGGUGGCUGAAUCGGAGACCUACGAGUCUCUCUCCGCCUACAAGAACCUGCAAACCAAGCCUGGGGUUGUGGUGUUCCGCUUUGAAGCCCCCAUCUACUACAUCAACAAGGAGUGCUUCAAAUCCGCCCUCUACAAGCAAACCGGGGUCAACCCCGUGUGGGUGAAGGCAGCCAAGAAGAAAGCAGAGAAAAAAAUGUUCAGGGAGAAGGAGGUGGGGGCUGGGGACAAGCAGAGCAGCAUCCCCGUGGAUUUUGGGUCAGAUCCCGUGGGGUUUCACACCAUAGUGAUCGACUGCUGCGCCGUGCAGUUCCUGGACACGGCCGGCAUCCGCACGCUCAAGGAGGUCUGCAAGGACUACGGGGACAUCGAUGUCCACGUGCUGCUGGCCCAGUGCAACCCUUCUGUCAGGAGCUCCCUGCUCCGAGGAGAGCUCUUCAAAGAGGGGGAGGACCACCUGCUCUUCCACAGCGUGCACCAGGCUGUGGACUUCGCCCUGGGCACGCAGGGGCACCGUGCUGCGAAGAACUAGCUGGGAAAGAAAGGAGAUUGCGACAAAGCCUGGGCAAACGGAGUGUCUGUGUGUCUGUGCAGUGAUGUGUGUGUGCUCAGAGAGCAGGGCAGGGUGGUGCCAGCACAUUGGCACCCUGCAAUCUCUCUGGAUUUACCUGCCAGGGGUGGGGACUCCAUAGGAAGUACUGAAUGAAGUUCUUAACCCGAUUGUGGCCAACCUGCGAGUCUUAACUUUGCGUGGGGCUCUUCAUCUCAUGUCUCCUCUCUGGAGCUUUCUGUGUCUCGGCUCCACUCUUAAGCUGUGAUCAAGUCUUCUUUGCAUCCCUGUCCUUGUGGAUGGGGUGGGAUUUUUGGAGUAGUCUGGACCUCCUGUCCAGCUGAAGAAUGAGGCAGCUCAUUUCUCAUCCCUCAUUCUGGCAUUGCUUUCCAUCACCACACCCUGGUGUUUGCCAAGCAAUGCCUGCCAGGGACUGUUUGCUCUGGUCUGUACUGGGCAGUGCUUGAUUUUGCAACCUCCCUGAAUUUCAGAUAGAGAAAUCAAAUCCAAACAUGCAGGAAAAGAUCUUAAAGCACCUCUCACCUCCAGUGGUUUUGGCACAAUUCAGCCAGGCCACAAGGGCAUGGUUAUCUCAUUUCUCCACAGGCCUUCACCUGCCUGUGCCUAUGGAAAUGCUGCCUCUCCAGCUUGAUUUUAAUCAUUUUGUUUUUUCAUAGAUGACUCUUUAGACUCUUCUGAUUCAUCCUUAUGGUCAGUCAACCGUUUUCCUAAUAUUUAGGAGCUCUUUGGAAUUGUGAACAUUAGAUAUGGAAAAUAUCUAGUUCUUUAAUUUCAACCAAAGAAAGUCCCUUCUAGGCAGUUUUUUAUGCCAGUCCAAGAGAAUCACAGGCACCAAAGUGAAAAGGGACAAAGAGAUUAUCCAACAUCUGCCCCAACAUGUCCAUAUCACUGGACCUCAUUUUUUCUUACCAGAUCAGGGUAAAUAGAGCUUUUUAUUUUGAUUUUAAAUUAUGUGGAAAUAAAGAAUGCCUGCUCUUCAUGCUAAAAUACAAGGGUAGGAAGAGGAUCUCUUUCCUCACAGCAGCAGAAGACAACUGUGAAGGCAGAAUUGGGAGAUGAACAGCUUUUCCUGAAUACCAGCUAUACAGCACACAUCCCUGGAAGAGGGUGCUGUCCUCCCAGAGGAGUUUACAAUCUGAAUUUCAGGUGCUUGGCAGCUUUUAAAAGGGAAAGGUGCUGUGUACAGACAACAUUCUCAUCCUUAAUAAUUCAAAAAUAAUGAGUCAGAAGUCAGAAAAGGUGUAAAAUCCAUUAUGAAUUGUGAAAUGCUUACUUAAUAGAAAGAUAUUUUGAGUUUAAACUGUUUUGUUGCUGUUGGAUUUUUUUUCUGAGUAGUUAUUCUUUUCUUUCUGUGACAGCUCUUCACUCUGGGAGCCUCAAAGAAGGAUGAGGCAGCAGGAAGAUUUUGUGUUUACUGAACUGACUGCAUUUUUUAGGAGAGCAGAGCAGCACAGAAGUGCUGGGGGAGCUGGGGGGGGCUGUAGCACUGCUUGGAAAGGAGAACCUCACUGAUACCCACCCAACCCAUGUCCUGGAACUGGCAGUGGUGAGGAAAAAGCCUCAGUGUGCCACGGUUCUGUCUCAGCCUUGAGGCUUCUUUAUGAAGGAGAUGAAUCCCAAAUUCUGCUGCGUUUUUCCUUUGUAACCUCCUGCCUGAACAUUUUUAUUCUGGCCUGAGGAUCCUUUGUGCAGUUUGGGGAGUUGUAAUCGCUGAUUUGGCAUUGCCAGAGAGGAUUGGGCUGAGCUGUAGAAGAACAGUGAGCAGGGUUUUAUUUUUGGGUUGUAUUUCAGUUUUUAACCAAACCUGUUUUAUGCAGAGUUGCCUCUCCUGGGUGGAAAGGUUUGUCCUGCAGGGAUGGCGAUGCCAUGGCCUGGGGGAGUCCCUUUGCAGCACACUUUGUCCACAUGACCAGAAAGAAUCUCUGGAACUUUGAGCAAAAGCCUCGAUGCAGUUUUGAAAUGGUUUUGAUUUUUAACUCCCGUUUUGCCAGAGGGCAGAGCAGCUCUGGAAGCUCUGGAAGUGCUGAUGAGAAAGGACAGCACGUGGUUGUGGCAGAUAUUUGAUUUGUUACUGCAAAUGCUCCUGCCUUCCUGCAGCUGCUUGUUCUCACCCCUUUGCCCUGGGCAGGACACAGGGAAGGAGCUGCUGCACUUCAGGGCAGGAGUGGGACAAAAGUUAAAUGAAAACUGCUCUGGGUGAUUCUUUCCUUUUUCCCCUCUCUCCCAUGUUCUUUCCAUGCUGCCUGGGUGGAGGUUUUUUCACCUCUGAGCAUGUACAGGUUUGCUUAACCAAAUUUCAAACCUUUCUUCAUUAAAAAAUGGUUUUGCAAGUCCAUUCCUACUUGUGCCAGGAAGGGAGGAAUAGCAAUGUUAACUCCAAAAAGGACCCAUUUCCCACCACUAGUGGGAUGUGUAUUUGUGGCUCCUGGGUAUUUAUUUACAUAAAAGCACAAUAAAAAAACAGCCAUAAAAUGAUUUUUCAGGUAAUUAAAUUAGAUUAUAUCUAAAAGAUGUGCUGAAGAUUACCUGGAGCACGUUGCAUUUGACCUCAGUGCUGUUUGUGUGGCCUCCAAAUUCCAUUUCCAGCAAAACACAAGAAACUAUUAAAAUACAACAGCAAAAGCAGCCAGGAAACCAAAAGAAAUACUUUUAAUGUUCUUAUUUAAAAUAACAUCCAGGGGUUAUAGCAUUAAUAAGUAUUUAUUAAUGCACGCUGCCCUGGCUAAAAGGGAACUGAAAUAAAUGUCAUUUGCCAGAGAGUUCAGUGCAAUAGGGAGUUUUUGGGAAUUAACUGGAGAUUAAAGCUUAUUAUGGCUGGAAUUUCUUAGAACACUGGCUUUCAGCCUUGUUCCUUUUAGGCCUGGAACCUUUUUUUAGCAGUGGCAUGAACCUCAUUUGAGCCUACUGACAAUCAGCACUUUUUGCUUGCAUUUGUUUGUCGACCCUUUAAAGCAAUCCGAUUUUAUCUUUAGGGAUUUGGGUUCACUGAUUGGAGACCUUUCCUCUAAAGCAUUUGUUUUAUAAAGGAAUUCCAUAUUUUUAUCUAUUUUGCUGCUUUCUGAUGGGUGCAGCAGCUGAAUAUCUCCAUUUAUGCUCUUGUGAAAUUCCUGGCCUGGCCUGGGAAGGGCUCUCCUGCCUUCUGCUGCUUUAAAUGAACAUUGCCAGGUUUUUUAAGGGGAAAUGUGCCAUACUCCCUGCUUCCUGUGCCUUCCCUCAUCCCCUGAAUUUGUAAACUAUGGGAAGAGGGACGCUCAGAACGAUUUGGUUUGGGUUAUUCAUCAAUCUGGAGCAGGGAUCUUCUCCCCAGGUGCAACCUUCAGAACCCCAGGCCGGACUGGAAACUGGAAUAAAUCAGCUCAACUCUAUUCCCAAAUGUCCUAAUCAGCAAUUAGCAGUCUAAAUGAAGAAUUGAGAGAUCAUUAGCACGUUCAUUAAUGACAACAGCAGAGCAUUAUGGAAAUGAGCAGAGUCUCAGCUGUACUGGCAGUGUCUGAGCUCUCUCCUGCUGAAUUAACUCGUGGCUGAGCGGGGUCACUUCCUCCUGACGUGGCACUAAGAAAUGUUUCACUUGUGUUUUGACACGAAAACCAUUUUCAGUCCACUUCACAAGGCAGGGACAGGCCCUGCCGUGGGCUUAUUUUGUGUUUUAUACUGGCAAAGCUGAGAUUUUGUGGUGCUGAUUUCCUCAGAGCCUCUGGAGCUCCCCUGCUCCCAAUUGCUGCAGGAGCACCCUUCACCUUCCUGAGCAUCCUGCUGAGUUUUGCCUCAAGACACUGAAUAUUGACUGUAAACAGAAGGAGCUGUGUGUGCUGGUGUUCCAUUUUCAUGAUCUUUUGAUAAAGCCAAAGCUCCUGAACAGUAAAGUGAGUGUAAAACAACCCCAAACCCCCCAGUCCUCUGGGAGAAGCAGGGCAGGGGGCUCUGCUGGAGCCUCAGCCUGGUUUGGGGCUGGCAGAGCUGUUUGUGCUGCCCAGGAGCCUCAGGUGAACCUGGGAUGUCUUUAUUAUGGGAUUACUGUGAUUUGGUGUCGUGAUUUGUCCCCAGAGUCAGGGAAAUGAAUCCACAAACACCAGGGGUUUAUGUCCAAAAAGGAGACAGAGGAGUCCUGUAACUUUAUUCCAAUAAAGGGAGAGGCCAUGGGCCAUUCCCCUGGGGUCUCUCAGAUUUUUAUCUCCUUUUUAUCCCAAUUUCCCGGCCAUGUCCCUCUCUCUUUCCCCACUGCCUGAGGUACUUGAGAGGCACAGACUCCCCAGAAUGCCUGACACCUGAGAUUCCCCUCUAAUGUAGAACCCUCCCUCUUAAUUUUUAAUUCUUAUGGAAUUUAUGGUGUUUCCCCAUUGUCUCUUUCAUCUUUCAAUAUCCAAUUUCAUUUACCAGCAAACCUGCAGUUUGUUUGGAAAGGCAAAUAUAUUUUUUCCCAUUCAUCAGUCAGUGGAAUCCUUCCCAUUAUUUCUUUUAUCUCUCAGUGCUGGUUUGAUUUACCAGCAGCUCGUUUGUAAGGACAAAUCCCUCAUCCCUCUCAGCAGUGAGUGUGGCACGAGCUGCUGUGCUGAGCUGCCUGUGUGGAAAUCAGGGAUUUCUGGGAUUCUGGUGAUUUAUUUUGGUCUCAUUUUCAUCUCAGUCCACCUGGCUGGGACGUGCUCCCUUCUGGGAGAAAUCUCAGCCACCCUUUUGUCUCUGCUUAUUUCUGCUGCCUUUUGCCAAGAGGUUCAAAUCCUCUGCUGGUGGGGCUGAGGAGCAGAGCUGAGAACUGCAGGCAGAAAAACAUCCUGGGUUUAAGCCAUGCCCAGAGCCUUGAGAUGAGAUUGGUGAACUCUGCCUGGACUCAGUCCUAAACCCAGCUGGGGGUGAAAUCUUCAGGCAAAAAUCUGUUUCAGGACAUUAUCUUCUAUUGUGGGUUGGGUUUUUCUUCCCACCUGCUUUGGAAAAGUGAUUAAAUGCUUGAGGUAAUUGACAUUUUUAAAUUCCUUUUUGGGGUUUUUAUGGCUAAUCUGAUGAAGCUGUGAUGCAAAUAUUCCUGUGCUGCUCUUGCCACGCUGGGGCUUUGUAUUUGUGUCACUGAGUUUGUUCUGCUGAGGGUAGGAUGAUGUGGUGGGACUCCAAUAUUGGGGUUUUUCUCCACACUAGAAGGAUUUGCACUUCCCUGCUGGCACAGAGGAAUCCUGGCUUUAGUGCAGGCUUUGCACUGGGAAUGACCUCGUUAAAUCCCAACAAUUAAUGACACUGGCUCAUCAUCUUUAUAAGCCUUUGCAGGAUCAGCUGCUCGUGUGAAAACCAACCUGAUCUUUAUAAUUUCAGUCCAAUUCUGAAGUGGAAAUAAUUCUGAGCUUUGCUUUUUCCUUCCAGAUCAUUGCAGUGCUAAAAACAAGGCCUCUGGUUGGGUAAAAUGGCAAAUAUUUAAUAUAUAUUUAGUUCAUAGCAUAAUUAGUACCUGUCUGUUUUAUUUUCUAGAAAUCCAAUAAGCUAAGGCAUACUGAUAUUCUUUGAUGGGCAAAUUCAUCAAAUAUUUCAGCAUUGGAUGGAGAACCAAAUUUCCAUUGAGGGAAAAUUACUUCUUAAAUAUUUGAAUCCCAGCUCUGACAGCACUUAGUCCAGCUCCCAAAAGAUUUAAAGAUUCCACAUAGGAAACAUUUUGUUGUUGGGGCCAAUUUUUUAUAUCUGAUUUUUUUACUUAAAGAAGUGAAUUUUAUGUAUGUUUGAAAUGUAAUUGUAACAUGAUUAAGGUGAGGUAAAAUCUCAUUUUUUAUGACAAGCACAUGAUGCUGUGAGUCAUUAGUUUUGUGUUCCUGAGUAUCUCUAGUGUGUUCUUGGUACGUUCUGGGCUAUGAUUUUUGAAUAAUUGAAAAUACUGAAUAAUUUUAGUAUUUAGUAAAUUAAUUAAUUUAAAUUAAUUUAGUAUUGAAAAUACUGAAUAAUUUGUGAAUAAUCUGCAGACUGAACAAAAUGGCAAACUGUGCCUGGAGUUUGUUGGAGAAUCAGUUCAACCAAACAGGACCUGAGGACUGGACUGGAUCCCAUUGGUCAGCAGAUCUGAUGUGUUUACAAAAUAAUUUAUGUAUUGUUGGAGUAAAAUGUGGGGGAAUUGUCUGGUGUGUAGAAAAAUCACUUUAUUUUUUGCUGUGACUUGUCUGUGCAGUAAAACCAAGGUGUGAAGCCCCCCCAGGUGGGUGGUGGAGCACAGGGUGCUGGGGGAGCUGUGUCACCCUGUGCCAGGGUGGGGACAGAGCUGACAGAGCCAGGAGUUUGUAGGGAAAAUUUGAUUUUGUCAGAGGUUGUUUCACCUCCUGCCAUCAGCUCUGUGUCCAUCCUCUGCCUGGUGGUGGCUCUGCUCGCCCUGUCCUGUCUGAGCUGUAUCCAUUGUUGAUUUUAAUUGUCUGUGUUCCUUUUUGUCACUGGAGAUUUGUUAGCAUGAGAACUUUCUGUCAAAUCUGGUGAGAUCGUUGGGGUUUCUUCAGCACAAUUAAAACACAAGAUUUCUGGUGGU